AUGGUGGCCGUGCUUGUGGGCCCCAUCCCCGCGAAUGCCAUGACUCUCCAGAUCAUAAACACUCGCAUCACCGAGCUGGGUGACGCAUCCUUUGGCAACGCCUCCCUGCUCAUCGGGCUGCGCAUCGAGAAGAACAACCUGUCGCGCAUCAGCCCCGGGGCCUUCCAGCACCUGCCCGACCUGCGCUACCUCAGCCUGGCAAGCAACAAGCUGCAGGAGCUCCCUGUGCAGGUCUUUGAGCCCCUGGACAAGCUGGAGUCGCUGCUUCUCUCCAGCAACCAGAUCCUCCAGGUUGAGCCUUCCCACUUCGCUCACCUGAGCAACCUGAAGGAGCUGCAGCUGCAUGGGAACAACCUGCAGGAGCUGAAGGAAGGGGUGUUUGACCAGCUCACCAGCCUCACCAAGCUCAACCUGGCCAGGAACAACAUCGAGCGCCUGCCGCCCCGGGGCGCCUUUGGGCCCAUGCCCAACCUGCGGGAGCUGUGGCUCUAUGAGAACGAGCUUUCCACCCUCCCUGCCUCCGUCUUUGUCAAUCUCACCCAGCUGCAGCUCCUUGUGCUCAGCAAGAACCAGCUGCGGGUGGUGGCGCCGGGAGCUUUCCGGGGCUUGGGGGAGCUGCUGGAGCUGUCGCUGCACACCAAUGCGCUGCGCCGCCUGGACGCCCAGGUGCUGGAGGGGCUGCCCAAGCUGCAGAACAUCUCCCUGCACCACAACCAGCUGCAGGCGUUGCCGCGGGGCCUUUUCGGGGCCACGCCAGGGCGGCGGCACUGGCUGGAGGACCACCCCCACAAGGUGGGCGAGACACCCCCCCUCUGUGCCCAGCCCCCUGCCCUGCAGGGCACCCCCAUUGCUGGGGUGCCUCGGGACCAGCUCCUUGACCCCCAGUCCCCUUCUGCCUUCACCCAUCCCAGCAGCCCGCUCCCUGCUCACCCCUCUGAAGUGGCAUUGCCAGAGGGUGCCUGGACGGAGUCCCCCAUGGGGCUGCCGGUCUCCCCCCAGGAGGAGGAGGAGGAGGGGCAGUGGGGGCUGACACGCACGCAGAGCGCGGUGGUGGUGGCGGUCAUCGUGCUGGUGUGUGUGGCCCUGCUUGCUGCUCUUGUGGCGCUGGUGGUUUACGGCUGUAGGAAGAAGAGCCACGUUGAGCUUAUGAGGAUGAAGGCUCCCAACGAAGCCUGA